CUUGUAUACAAGGAUAACACUCGGUGCGCGCUGAGGGACUCAUGCUGUACUAGUAGCGCUGCCGCAUGUGCGGGCAGUCCCGGUCUGGUGCGAUAUGUCCAUCAGCGAGAUAGUCUAUGCCGCUUGGCAUAUGGCACAUGAAGUCGCGAAUGCUUGGCCCCCUGAGGGAAGGAAGGUCGAAUUCAAGAGCUUUAGAGGAGCGAAUCAUUUUCCUCACUGGUAUCAAACCGAGUAUACGUUGUCCCUCCUUUCAGAAAUCUUGUGAAUUGAAGAGAUGGGGUUGGCAUAGGUAGCACUGUGUGCAACAUCUCUAUUAGACUUGGGUUUCCGUGAAUUGUCCCCGAUACACCCUGACUCCGUAACCAGUUUGAAUGAUAGCAUUAAGACUGCAGCCUUUCUCGGUGAUCUCUUCAUCAGGUCGGAUAUCACGUAUACAGCUUCCAGGAUGAAAUAUGCUGCCUUACCUUUGAAUGUCAGAUAUCCGUCAUCUUCUUUAGGCAA